AUGACUCGCCGACUUGUUCGGACGGGCGUGCAGCUCGCUGUCAUCGCCUCAAUUGCAUUACUCCUUGUGGUGAUUCUGGACAAUAAAUUUCGUGUGCUGCCGGCGUCCAUCCAUGGCCACCUUCCCUCUCACUAUGCUGGCUACGUCGUCACCGAUGUGACUGUUGUCACAUGCUCUUCUCUCAGUCUCUUUUCCAGUUGCAAGGUGGACCCGAAGGCAUGGUCUAGAAUUGAAAAGGACCUCUAUCUGCGCUCGGGGUGGACGUCCAGUGCUUAUGUACAAUUUCAACGGAAGAAGGAAGAGGAACUGCUCGCAUCUGAUAAGGUGGUGAUCGAUUUGAGGAUAGGCCGACUGACACCGCAGUCCUCGAAUGACCCACAUGGAGAGAAAAUUGACUGGGAGCAGAGGCCAGGUGGCAUCUGGCUGAAGCGGACGGCCAAGCGCCAUGCCAGUGACUCGCAGAAAGCGAUCACCUCGAUCGAUGUUUUGUUCGGUGCGGACGCGGUUGAUCCGCGUGUGGGCUGGGAGGUGAAAGACACUCCGCUGCUGCUGGAUAGUCGGACAGAGGAGUUGGAGGCCCGCAUCAGUAUUCGAAGGGGAGACCCACCAAAGACCAAGAAGCCCAUUCCACGCAUUAAUGAGAAUGGGAAAUUUAAAAUCAUGCAACUGGCAGAUCUUCACCUGAGCACUGGACUUGGCGUGUGUCGAGACCCAGUUCCGGUAGAGCCCGUGCCUGGUCAGAAGUGUGAAGCGGACCCUCGGACCCUGGAGUUUGUGGAAAGACUUCUCGACGAGGAGCAACCCGAUUUUGUUGUCCUGAGCGGUGACCAAGUCAACGGUGAAACUUCGAAAGAUGCCCAGAGUGCGCUCUUCAAGUCGGUCAAGUUACUUGUCGACCGCAAGAUACCCUACGCAGCCAUAUUCGGCAACCACGACGACGAAGGCAACCUUAGUCGAGAACAGCUUAUGACCAUACUUGAAGAUCUGCCUUACUCCUUGUCGACCGCCGGCCCCGAAGAUGUGGAUGGGGUUGGAAACUAUAUUGUCGAAGUCCUCGGUCGUGGAACGACCGCGCACUCGGCUUUGACUCUGUACCUGCUCGACUCGCAUUCCUACUCUCCAGAUGAACGUCAAUUCCGAGGCUACGAUUGGAUCAAACCGAGCCAGAUUCGGUGGUUCAAAAACACAGCGCAAAGCCUCAAAGCAAAACACCAUGAAUACAGUCACAUGCACAUGAACAUGGCUUUUAUUCAUAUUCCGCUUCCAGAAUACCGUGACUCCACAAAUUACUAUAGAGGGAAUUGGUCGGAGGCCCCUACCGCACCAGGUUUCAACUCUGGUUUUAAAGAUGCUCUGGAAGAGGAAGGAAUUUUGUUCGUGAGUUGCGGGCACGAUCAUGUCAAUGAUUACUGCAUGCUUAACAAAGAUCGAGAUCAGAAGCCGUCUCUCUGGAUGUGCUACGGAGGCGGCGCUGGCUUCGGAGGCUACGGAGGUUAUGGUGGCUAUGUCCGUCGCGUUCGUUUCUAUGAUUUUGACAUGAACCCCGGGCGCGCUGUGACGUACAAGCGACUUGAAUACGGCGAAGUAGAGGCCAGGAUCGAUGAGAUGAUGAUCAUCGACGGAGGUACAGUGAAAGGACCCGACGAAAAUCAUUGA